AUGGCGCCCCUAGCGCGUACACCUUCGCUGCUGAGCCUCCUGAACAGCAGUGGCAUAUCACCCUGCGUCUGUCGCACGGUCUCGUCUGCAGUCACUGCAUCACCGGUCGCCAGCGGGAGCAGUGACGGCCCUUCGCAACGCUCGUUCGCGGUCGCACCAAAGGCACCGUCGUCAACCCGCCGACUGAGUACCGCCGCUGCACCUCGUCAACGACUUGGAUGGAAUCUGGUUUCAUCGGCUUUGAGCCGUCGCGCUGGGAACAAAGUACAUCAGGUGCGUGCUGCGUACCCACCCGGCCGCUACUGCGAUAGUUAUGUCAUCGCCGGCCGCUCGCUGACGCUGCCUACUCCCUGUCUUCCCCACAGCGCUCGUUCCAUGCUUCAUCGACCUCGCUCGUCCAAGACCCGUACAAGGCGAUUGGUGUGGCCAAGGAUGCAUCCGCGAGCGAGAUCAAGCGAGCCUACUACCAGGUACGGCGGAGCGCGAAGCUCUUUCCUUGACCUUCUACGGGCUUCCCUCAGCUGACGAUGGCACCCUACAUCCUGUUAUGGAUUUCGCAGCUCGCCAAAAAGUUCCAUCCUGAUACCAACAAGGACAAGGGUGCCAAAGAGAGAUUUGUAGAGAUCCAGGAAGCAUACGAUGUGAGACCUUCGCCUGAGAUGGUGUCCCCCCUGCCCGGUGAGGCUGGGGCUGGAGCUGACAAUCGCAAUUAAUUUCGCUGCGCGCAGAUCCUAUCUGACGAAAAGAAACGUGCCGACUUCGAUCGCUUUGGACCUGCAUCGACGCAGCAAGGCUUUGACUCGGAUGCCUACGCCCGCGCCUCGUCCUCGUUCGGGGGUGCUGGAUUCUCCGACUUCUUCGGCGGAGGGGCCGCCGGUGGGGCCGGUGGAGCUGGACCCGACAUCUUCGAGUCAUUGUUCGGCGCAUUCGGUGGUGGAAGGGGUGGUUCAGCCCGACCGGGUCAAGGGAUGCAACCGGGUGAAGAUAUCGAGAUCGGCAUCUCGCUGCCUUUCCUCGAGGCGGCCAGGGGCACGAGCAAGACCGUUACCAUCUCCCCCGUGGUCGACUGCGGGACUUGCAAGGGGUCCGGCUUGAAGGAAGGAGCACAGAAAUCGACUUGCCGAGCGUGUGGAGGAAGCGGGACGAGGACAUUCACGAUCCAGUCCGGCUUCCAAAUGGCGUCGACCUGCAACGUCUGCGGCGGAUCGGGUUCGACCACACCGCACGGCUCGGGCUGCGGCACUUGCAACGGCGUCGGCAAGGUGCGCGAGCGCAAGUCAGUCGAGGUGCGCAUCCCGCCUGGUGUCGACGAUGGAAUGAAGAUUCGAAUCGACGGCCAGGGUGAUGCCCCUCUCGGUGGCAAGGGUCGAGUUGGAGACCUCUACGUCCGAGUUUCGGUCCAGCCCAGCAAAACCUUCCAGCGCCAGGGCUCGAACCUCUACCAGGACGUUGGCGUGCCCUUCUACACGGCCAUCUUGGGUGGUCGAGCCAGGGUCGCGACGCUUGAUCGGGAAGUGGAGGUCAAGGUGCCUCAGGGCACGCAGCCCGGCGAGGAGAUGGUCCUGCGAGGCCGAGGUGUCAAGAAGCUGUACAAGGACGAAUAUGGUGAUCUUGUGGUUAGGUUCGGAGUUCAAAUGCCUCGGUAAGUGCUUCGAGUUUGGGCUAUGUUUACGACAAGCAAACGGAUGUCCUGACUGAAUCCUCCCUACCUCCCUACAGCACUUUGACUCCGGCCCAACGACGUAUCUUGCAGAUGUACGUUUCCGAAACUGAAUCUCCCGGAUCGUCGUCAUAUUCGCCGUCGUCAGCGCCACCGUCAUCCAACGACGGUGGCUCGACCGAGUCCCAAGCCGCAUCGGCCCAGUCUACCUCGUCCAAGAAGGCCUCCAAGCUGCCCGACGAGAACUCGCCUGGCUUUACGCACCAAGCCAAACCCCCACCAUCCGAUGCCGGUGAGUUUUCGAGUAAGCUGUAGAUCGCACUCGUGGAGGGUUGAUGGGCUGACACAUGUGAGCUUGUGAGCGACUCACUUUUCGCAGUGUCGGGAAAGUGGUGGUCGACAAUGGAUGAAAACGAUCCCUCGAAACCUCUCGAUGAAGCCGGGGCCAAGCCCUCCACCUCAACAACACCACCGCCCCAAGCAGCCCCACCCAAACCGAUCCCUGAGACCGCCGACACGAAGGGCAAGGAAGACGGCGAGUCGCUGUUGGGUGACCUAUGGAAUGGUGUGAAACGUUGGCUACCUCGUCGAUGAAGAGCUCGUUAGAAUGAUGGAAUUGACUCGUUGUUUUGGUUUUUCGUGGCUUGCUCUUGUAGCAGGGAAAGAUAAAGUGAAAGAGGCGUUGGGUUGCGACGAACCCGAAGCUUCCACCGCAACAACACCGAAGGAGAAGAAGUCGAAGAAGAAGAAUAUCGACAAGGACGAACCGGUUGUGAGGGAAACAGGGAAGGAGCCGAAGGAAUGA